AUGGCUUCCAAGGUUGUGCAAAUGGUGGACACUAAUAUGGCUGAGGAAAAAGGUGAUGAGUGUAAGAAGAACGUGGUUAUGACUCUCUCAUUCUUCAAACUCUUGAGCUAUGCUGACUUGGUAGAUUGGAUUCUGAUGGGUUUGGGAACUCUUGGUUCCAUUGUGCAUGGCAUGGCACUUCCCGUGGGGUAUCUCUUGUUGGGGAAAGCUCUUAAUGCUUUUGGAAACAAUAUCCAAGACAUAGAUGCCAUGGUUAAGGCUCUUAAACAGAUUAUUCCAUUUGUGUGGUAUAUGGCCAUAGCCACAUUUCCUGCAGGGGUACUUGAGAUUGGUUGUUGGAUGUAUGCAAGUGAGAGACAGUUAUUUCGGCUAAGACUGGCAUAUCUAACAGCAGUCCUGAACCAAGAGAUAGGAGCUUUUGAUACAGAGUUAACAAGUGGGAAAGUCAUCAGUGGAAUAAGCAACCAAAUGAGUGUCAUACAAGAUGCAAUUGGUGAGAAGUUGGGUCACUUCACCUCUAGCGUUGCAACUUUCUUUGCUGGAAUUGUGAUUGCUGCCAUAUGCUGUUGGGAAGUGGCACUUCUCUGUUUAGUGGUUGUCCCACUUAUUCUUAUAAUUGGGGCAACUUACACCAAGAAAAUGAACAGCAUAUCAACCUCCAAAAUGCUUUUCCAUUCUGAAGCUACAUCAAUGAUAGAGCAGACAAUAUCACAAAUAAAAACAGUUUAUGCUUUUGUUGGAGAGAGCUCUGCAACCAAAUCCUUUACAGAGAACAUGGAAAAGCAGUAUAUUAUAAGCAAAGGGGAGGCACUUGUAAAAGGAGUUGGGACAGGGAUGUUGCAAACAGUGAGUUUCUGUUCUUGGGCUCUCAUUGUAUGGGUUGGAGCUGUUGUGGUCAGAGCCAGAAGAGCAACACCAGGAGACAUAAUAACUGCAGUGAUGAGUAUUCUCUUUGGUGCCAUAUCACUCACUUAUGCAGCACCGGACAUGCAAAUAUUCAAUCAGGCAAAAGCUGCAGGAUAUGAAGUUUUCCAGGUGAUCCAAAGAAAACCUCUGAUAAGUAAUGAAACAGAAGGGACGAAGCCUCGCAAAAUCAAAGGUGACAUCGAAUUUCGAGACGUCCACUUUUCCUACCCAUCACGGCCAGACAAACCUAUCCUUCAAGGACUGUCCUUGUCAAUUCCAGCAGGAAAGACAGUAGCACUAGUUGGUAGCAGUGGCUGUGGAAAGAGCACUGUUAUUUCCCUAGUUAGCAGAUUUUAUGAUCCCUCAAGAGGAGUAAUCUUUAUUGACCAUCACAAUAUCAAGGAUCUUAAUCUUAAGUUCCUUCGACGAAACAUAGGAGCCGUUUCCCAAGAGCCAUCACUCUUUGCAGGCACCAUCAAGGAUAACUUGAGAGUGGGGAAAACGGACGCAGAUGAUCAAGAGAUUCAGGAGGCAGCAGUAAUGGCAAAUGCACACUCUUUCAUAUCUCAGCUGCCUAAUCAGUACCUAACAGACGUUGGACAAAGGGGCGUCCAAUUAUCAGGAGGCCAAAAACAGAGAGUUGCAAUAGCAAGAGCCAUUCUGAAAAAUCCUCCCAUCCUUUUGCUAGAUGAAGCCACUAGCGCCCUCGAUUCAGAAUCAGAAAAGCUGGUUCAAGAAGCACUUGAGACAGCUACUCAGGGAAGGACUGUCAUCUUGAUUGCUCACAGGCUCUCAACAGUUGUAAAUGCAGAUAUGAUUGCUGUGGUCGAGAACGGACAAGUUGCGGAGACAGGAACACACCAGAGUUUGUUAGACACAAGCAGAUUCUAUGGUACAUUAUUUAGCAUGCAGAACCUUGAACCAGUUCCUGAAUCCAGAGCUAUGACUUCAAAGAAUAGAAGCGCCCAACAAGAAGAUUUUCCUAAUGCAACUAGACCACCCGUAGAGGUGCAGCAAGAGGUCCAAAGAAAUAUUAAUGAGCACUCUGUGCUAAAGGAACAAAAAAAAAUGAGCAGCGGACAAAGAAAUAUUUUUUUCAGAAUUUGGUUUGGUUUAAAAAAGAGAGAGCUGGUGAAGAUUUCUAUUGGCUCAUUUGCAGCAGCUUUCUCUGGCAUCUCAAAGCCAUUUUUUGGGUUCUACAUCAUCACCAUAGGAGUAGCAUACUUUAAGGAAGAUGCGAAAACGAAAGUUGGACUUUAUUCAGCCAUCUUCACUGCAGUAGGGAUGCUUUCAUUAUUCAGCCACACCUUCCAGCAUUACUUCUUCGGAGUGGUUGGAGAAAAGGCCAUGGCAAAUCUCAGACGUGCUCUGUAUUCAGGUGUGUUACGUAAUGAAGUAGGUUGGUUCGACAAAUCAGAGAAUACUGUUGGUUCAUUGACUUCACGCAUUAUCAGUGACACUGCGAUGGUAAAAGUCAUCAUUGCUGAUCGAAUGUCUGUAAUCCUGCAAUGUGUUUCCUCCAUACUGAUAGCAACAAUUGUCAGCAUGGCUGUCAACUGGAGAAUGAGUUUGGUAGCUUGGUCUGUGAUGCCCUGCCACUUCAUAGGUGGUCUUAUUCAAGCUAAGUCUGCCAAAGGCUUUUCCGGUGACUACUCUGCUGCACAUUCUGAGCUUGUUGCUCUUGCAUCCGAGUCCUCAACCAACAUAAGGACUAUUGCAUCAUUUUGUCAUGAAGAACAGGUAAUGAGGAAAGCCAAAACAUCCCUGGAAAUUCCAAAGAAAAAUUAUAGGAAAGAAAGUAUCAAAUAUGGGAUCAUUCAAGGCUUCUCCCUUUGCUUAUGGAACAUUGCACAUGCGGUUGCUCUGUGGUAUACAACAAUUCUGGUUGACAGACGUCAAGCCAGUUUUGAAAACGGAAUAAGAUCAUAUCAAAUUUUUUCUCUCACAGUUCCCUCUAUCACAGAAUUAUACACACUGAUCCCAACUGUGGUUACUGCUAUCAACAUACUGACCCCAGCAUUCAAAACCCUUGAUCGUAAAACUGAAAUUGAACCAGACACACCAGAUGACUCACAACCUGAGAGGAUCCAAGGAAAUGUCGAAUUUGAAACUGUAAAAUUCAGCUACCCUUCAAGACCUGAAGUCACUGUUCUUGAUAAUUUCAGUUUACAAAUUGAAGCUGGAUUGAAGGUGGCUUUUGUAGGACCAAGUGGAGCUGGAAAAUCCUCAGUUUUGGCCCUUUUACUAAGAUUUUAUGAUCCACAGGUGGGAAAAGUCUUAAUUGAUGGGAAAGACAUACGGAAAUAUAACCUAAGAUGGUUAAGGACACAAAUAGGAUUGGUACAACAAGAACCACUGCUUUUUAAUUGCUCAAUUAGAGACAACAUUUGCUAUGGCAAUAAUGGGGCUUCUGAAAGUGAAAUAGUGGAGGCUGCUAAAGAAGCAAACAUACAUGAAUUUGUAAGUAAUCUACCAAAUGGAUAUAGCACUGUUGUUGGAGAGAAAGGUUGCCAGCUUUCCGGAGGACAAAAGCAAAGAAUAGCAAUUUCCAGAACAUUAUUAAAGAAGCCUGCAAUUUUACUCCUUGACGAAGCAACAAGUGCUCUUGAUGCUGAGUCUGAAGGAAUUAUUGUAAAUGCUCUAAAAGCAAUACAUCUAAAGGAAGACAGUGGCUUGUGCUCAAGAACCACCCAGAUAACAGUAGCUCAUAGGCUUUCCACAGUGAUAAACUCAGAUACUAUAAUUGUCAUGGACAAAGGUAAAGUUGUAGAGAAGGGUUCCCACUCAACUCUUGUGGCAACAGAGUCAGGACUUUAUUCGAGGAUUUUCAGGUUACAGAGCUUCGAAGAAACUUCAUAG